CCCAUCGUCCCUCCCGUACCAUCCAUAUGCACAACGGACAAAGACGCCGCCAGCCAAGACAGCCCCACACAGCACAAGCCCCACCGCGAUUGUCCCUUCCUUCGGCCAUGCAGUCAUUCAUCAACACGCAUACAGCGUCAUCCAUCAAUCCAUCAAGCGUCAGGUGGGCGGCAGUCUGUAUGCGGCGCUGCCGCUGCCCAGUCCGAUCAUGUUGAUGCACUCGUUGACAAUGCGACACCGCUCCUCUUCGGACUGACGGGCGGCCUCACACGCCGUCUUGACGCCUGACAGGGCCUUCUCGGCACGAUGCCGCAUCUCCAAUUCGCGAGCCUCAGCCUGCAUGCAUGCAGACGCAUGUCGGACGGAAGGAUGGGUGGAUGGAUGGAUGGAUGAAAGGACCUCUACCAGGUUUUGAGCGUCUUUGACCUGCCGCUCCUUCUGCCGCACCUCCUCACGCAGUUUGGCGCACUCCAAACCCAAACUCUGUCAACACAGACAGACAGACAGACAGACACGGAGGCACGGGUGUGUGUGUGUGUCUGUGUCGUCACUCUCCGCUCCUUCAGCCACACACAGGUGAGGUGCCGUGCCACACACUCUACUGACUGGCCCGGCCGCUCUCUGUGCGUCCGUAGGCACCCACCUGCAUUUCGGUUUUGAGCCUGUCAACCUGCUGCUGGUGGGUGUUGUAGACCUCCUCACGCUGAGCCAACGUCGACUCGGCGCUCUAUACGAUAGAUACAUACACACACAUGCGAUGCGUGGGCCGCUGCGGCUCGGUGGGGGCACGGUACCUUACCUUGGCUUUCUCUUCAGCAGUGGCGAGGUCUAGUUGCAGGUCGUUGUUGGCCUUCUGUAGUGCCGCCAGCCGCUGGCAGAGCUCCGUCUCUUUGUCAGCCCGCUCACGCAGCCUCUUCUCAUACUUGCUCUGCAUCUCGGAUGCCUGAUGCAACCAACACAGUACACACACACGUCGUCUCGCCAUCCCAUCUGUGGGGUGUUCCGUCGAUCGUUUCUUUCACGGACCACUUCAUCCCUCCGUUCCUUCUCGUCCUUGGCGUGACGCAGCUCAGACUCCAAUGAACGGAUCUACACACACCACACCACACCACACCACACCGCACAGACCCGCAUCGACGUGCAUUCAAUUCAUGUCAUGUGUGUUUGUUUGUGAGUGGUGCCAUCUCACCUCGCCCUCGAGUGUGUCGACCCUCCUCUGGGCCUGGUCGUAUGCCUCGCGCAUCUUGCGCUUGCCCUUGUCGGCCUCGUCCACCCUCAUCUGCAUCUCGUCCUUGAGACGCUUGCCGUCCUCCUCGGCGAAGUGCAGCUGCCGAAGAGCGUCGCUGCAACGCAACUCGCUGUCCUGCACACCACACCACACCACACACGCCACCAAACACCAACACCCGCACCAAUGCAUUGGAACUUUUGUGUGGGCUGCUGGCGAGGUGACAUACACACAUACCUGUCUGUCUUUUGUGAGCUGGUCCGUCUGUGUGAGCAGCUCCCUCUCAGAACGGUCGGCACGCUCCUGACACACAGACAGAGGGUGAAGAGUGCAGUCAAUGAUGAGAGUACACACGUGCCAUCCGUCCGUCUGUGUCGAAUCCACCCACCUACCUGUUGCCUGCAUUUCUCCUGGUGGAGGGCCUUAUGUUUGUCCUGCAACUCAGCAUGGGCACGCUGAACGAACGGCCGCAACACACACACAGUGGAAGGAAUGCGCCCGCAUGGUGGCUCAGCCACCCACCUGCAGCUCUUCGAAUCUUCUCUUGAGCGUGUCAUGCUCUGUCGUCAUCUGCUGCCACCUGUCCGAACUCGCCUGACAUAAUGAAUCAAGGCACGUACAGCACAGACGCACGCAGGCGUACAGACAGACCAGCCAGCGAACGUGCGCUUCUGCAUUCUUACGCACUCUUACUUACCGCAGCAUGCUCCAGCUGCCCUCUCAGCUCAUUGGCCUCGGCCGCCUUCUCGGCGGCCUUUUUCUGCGCCUCCUCCAGCUGCUGCGUCGCCACACUCAGCUGCAAGUACACACACACACACACAUAUGGAUUCUGUAUCGUGGGCCUCUGUCUGUCUGUCUGUCUGUCUGUCUGUCCGUCUGGUUCUCACUCACCUCUGCCCUGAGAGUGUCGACUUCCUUUUCCUGUGUGUCUCGCGCCUCCGCCCGUUUGGCCUCUGCCGCUAGGGCGGCCUUCCGGUCCUCGAGGUCACGACGAGUGGCGAACAACUUGCACUGAACGAUCGCACGAGCAGGCUCUGUCGAUAUUUGUCAUAGCAAUGUGUGUACCUCCAUUUCCUCGAGCUGGCACUGCAGCGACUUCUGUACGUUUCUGCAGAGGUUGUCCUGGCGGAUGGCCUCGCAGGGCUGCAGCGCACACCCCCGCCGCCGAGGGCUGCACGGCAGACCCUUGUUCCGACGCAAACACGCCUGACAUCCACACACACACACACACACACACAGUAGCAACGGCCGUCCGUGUAAAGGUGUGUUGUUGGGUGAGUGGGACUCACUUCGACGGCCGAGAGCGUUUCAUAUCCGACUGCGUUGCCGGUGAGGUUGAGUUGGGUUAUGACGCCGUUGUCCUGCAGGACAUUUAGGAUGGUCAGCCCGCCCUCAAGACCAAACUCGUUGUGGGCGACGUCGACACUCUCCAACGUUCUGACAUACACAGACAGACAGGAAGGCAGAGAGAAUGAGAUUCGAUUCUUCAAGCGUCACGACCCACCCUCUCGCCAGCCACACACCUGUUGCCCUUGAUCAUCUCAGCGAUAGCUGAAGCCCCGCAUGGGCCGACCUGGCACUCACGCAGACUGAAGCAAGCAAGCAGUAGCAAGAGGCAAGGGAAUACGGUCACCGACCAGGCCAUGAGGUAGGAUAAGGACUGGUUUGCCUUGCCUGAGAGUCUUGAUCGACGGGUGUGCUGCAACAACCUGGCAGAGGUGGCGGAGACCAGAGGAGUCCCUGAACGAGACCAGGGGCACCCAGAUGCCCCAAAGGCAGGCAGGCAGGCAGGCAAUAUGUGUGUCUGAUGGAUCACUCUCGCUCACCGAACAGGGUUCCACUCGAGCGAUAGCGACCUGAGGGCACUCUGGCUGGCGAGGGCCUUGGCGAUGCUGUCCACACCGCUAGAUGUAAUAUUGUUCGCCUGACAGCAACACAAAACGCACGGCGGCCAGCACGUCAGUAAUAGCCUGACUGAGUUUGCCAUGUACGUGUGUACUCACCUGCAGUUCGAUGGUCGUGAAUUUGUUCUUGUGUUGCUCGAGGAAAGCGGCGAUGGCGGCGCAUCCCUUGUCGCCGAAGAACUUGUUGUUGAGGCUCAGCUGCUCACAGCCGCCCAGUGACGCCAAGUAGUCGGCCAGGAACUUAUCCAUCUUUCUGGAUCAAUUGGCUGCCGAUGAUGGAUAGGGCCAACGCAACGCGGUCAACGUCAAAGCUACCUGAAGCAGUCCAUUGACACGGACAGACACAGCGGCCACACAAUUCAGAGCGUGCGAUACAUGUUGCGCGCAUGCGGCUGUCUGUGAGAUGACUCGGCUGUCGUCUUUCCAGUAUUUUGGAUGUGCAAUAGACGUGGUCCCUCAGCCCUGCUCACACCUCGGAGAGCCACUAAGAGAGAGCGGCGCACAAAGGGCCACUUCAGCCAGUUUCGCUUUGGAUUACGCAGAGAGCGGAUGCCGCACACGACAAUGCAUGCAUCAACCACCUUUGGUGGCGACUUGCAUCAGAAUGGGUUUGCGAGCUCCAAGCUCGCCCUUCCCAUUUGUUGCCCGAGUCGACAAAAAAGCCUUUGAGGAGCAGUGGAAG